UGGGUGUGGAUGAAUGAACGGUUUAUCAGACUUGUGCCAAGGAACAUAGAUUUUUCCUGUUGGUCUGAGCUCAUCUAUCACUCUGCUGUGGGAGUUUGGCAGUGGGAUUGAGUAUUAUGGAAGCUUUAGUUUCACCAGCAACCGAUUUUGUUCAUAGUUGCGAUUGUUUUGCUUCGGCAGCACCACCACCCAAGAGGAAGUAAAUGGCUGUAUCAAGGCUGAACAGACUUCCUGUGCUUGUUGUCUUGGGAGGACCUCACGGGGGCAGCUAAGAAAGCCAGGGAAAAAAGCAGACAUUGUCAUUUAGUUCCAGCCAGCAAGCAUUCAGGCAGAGCACAGGGAGAGCUAGACAUGGAAUUCUGGACAGGAUUAUAUCUUCUGAGCUUUCUCAACAUGGCAUGUUGCUUGCCUGAAUCAUCCUACACUGUUCAUUUGAACAAACGCUCAUUCAUAGAUGCUGAGAAUGAUUGCCUACCUGGAAGUUUCCUGACCAACAUUCCGAAUGCAGAGGAAAUGGAAAAGAUUCUGAAAACAAUCUGGGACAAGAAUAACAAAACUGCCAAUUCAUUCUGGAUUGGACUAAAGAAGGAUAUAGGUACCUGUGUUCAACCAGAUUUGCCUCUUAAAGGAUUCAAAUGGACGGUGGACAACACCAUUCAGUCUGACGUUACUAAGUGGAAGACAGAGCCUUCACAAACUUGCACAAGCGCUCGUUGUGGGCUGCUUUCAGUGGAAUAUGGUGCCUCUGGUGUAACAAGCAGUGGGUUUAUGGAUUCCAGCUGCACACAGAAACAUCCUUUCAUUUGCAAACGAAACGUUGAGGCGAAGUGCCCUCGACCAAACAUAUCUGGCACACAUGACAUAUUCCAGCAAUUCAAUGAUCCGUUCACAUGUGAAAUUGUUUGCAGUUCUGGUGCCAAUUUCACUUUGACAUGCUCAAAAGAUCUAGUUUGGACUGUGGUCGGCAACGAAAACAUGAAUAUAUCGCAACUCUGCCAGGAGUGCAAAAAAGGCUACAGGAGAGACUCGUCCGGAAACUGUGUGGUUGUAAACAAAUGUGAAGAAUCCAAACCAUGUGAUGGAUCAAAGCCACCCACCACUGAUCUUACCCCUGUUAAACCAAACGUUAACACAGGCAAAUCUGUGCUAACUAAACCUACGUCUCUGCCUGAUGAUGUCAGAAUGAAUGAUACAGAUGUACACAUUGAAGAGAGCGCUGGAGACGUUUCAAAUAUCAUAGUACCUGCGAUUAUAGCGCUGCUGAUUUUCAUCGUUCUGCUGGUGAUCGUAGCGGCCAUCGUGAAAGGCUGCCUAAGGAGGAGGUCCAGAAAUCUGGCCCAGAGGAAGGCGGAGGCUGUGGCUCUGAAUGGAUCCAGCUCCAUGGAGAAAGUGAAUGAAAAAGAGGAAACCUAACUGGGAGAGACUGUGCAAAUGUGAGAGAUAAUUCAAUGUGACACAUCCAGACUACAGAGGGUGCUUACUGGAUGAUAUUCUUCUCUCAGAACUUUCGAGUGUGAGGUCUAGAGUCACAGGAGCGCUGUGUAAUUAUUACUGCCUUUGAAUUUCAUUUGUCAUUUGUCUGUUUUACUCUCAUGGUUGAAAUCAGGGUCUUUAUGCCGAUGUGGUUUUGAAAAUCCUAUCUAGGCCAAAUCGUAUGUAAUUAGAUCGAGAAGCGUAUUGUUUACUCUUUCUUUGCUGAUAUUUAGUACCUAUGUGGAGAUGUUAGAACUGUAGAAGAUGUGGUAACACUUUACAAUGAGGUCCUAUUAGUAACAUUAGUUAACGUGUUAACUAACUUGAACUAAAGAUGAGCAAUACAUUUGUUCCAGUAUUUAUAGGUUUGUUAAUGUUAGUUAAUAAAAAAUUUGUUGUUAGUUCAUGUUAGCCCAGGUUCAUUGAAAAAAAUUCAACAAAUACAACUUUGGAUUUUAAAUGUUAAAAUUAACAUUAACCACGAUGAAUAAAUGCUUUAGAAGUAUUUGUCAGGUCAACAAAUGGAAACUUUUAAGUGUUACCGAAGAUAUUGUGAUAAAACUGUCAUUGGAUUUGUUUUCUAAUUAAAUAUUUCUGUUGUUUCACAACAUGAAAGUUUUAUGUACCUUUUUAAGAGUUAUAUACUGUACAUAAAGACGGAUGUUUAAGCUGCUGUAAA